GUUGAUCAUCAGUGCUGCUUGGGGCCCUUGGUUGGGCUAGUGGCACUGAUCUAAAGCAUUAGGCCGAUUGUCGGUCGUCGGUGUCACUUGGGGCCCUUGGUUGGGCUAGUGCCACCGAUCUAAAGAAUUUCCCGAUGAUGUCCUGUGAAUACAAAGCCCUGCUGAUGCCAUUUAUGAAGGGCGGCUAUUUCGUCGUUUAUGAAGGCUGGCCAUUUUGUCAGUUUGAAUGAUGACCACUUCGCCGGUCUGAGGGUUACAGCGGCGUCGCUUGGUACAUUGUUAUGAUAGUGGCGCUGAUAGAAGAUGAUGUUCGAAGCUCAACUCGAUCACUUUCGGGUGAGGCGCAGACUUGAGAACUCCCACAUCCCGAAAUGCCAGUUGUCAAAGGGAAGUCUUUUUUUUAGAAUGGCGCUGUCCACAGCGGUGAAUCCAAACCCCUCUGCGCAUACACUGCUGCUUCUCUGCUCACUGUCGUCUUCUUCGCUGAUGAGCUAGACAGAGAGAGCGAGAGUUGCAGAGAGCGAGCUCGUGUGCUAGAGAGAGGAAACAUGGAGGAAGAGCGCUACGAGGAGGAAGUGCUCGGCUCAAGCUAUACGAUGGAGAAAGUCGCCGCCGCCAAGCAAUUCAUAGAGAAUCACUACAAGAAUCAGAUGAAGAGCAUACAGGAACGCAAAGAAAGGCGGUGGAUACUAGAGAGAAAACUAGCUACUUCUGAUGUUCCCAAAGAAGAACAACUAAAUCUGAUCAAGGAUCUAGAACGAAAAGAAACUGAGUACAUGAGGCUGAGGAGGCACAAGAUAUGCGUUGAUGACUUUGAGCUUCUAACAAUUAUUGGUAGAGGAGCCUUUGGUGAGGUCAGGUUAUGUAAAGAAAAGAAAUCCGGGAAUAUUUAUGCCAUGAAGAAGUUGAAGAAAUCUGAAAUGCUCACAAGAGGACAGGUGGAACAUGUGAGAGCAGAGAGAAACUUACUCGCAGAAGUUGCUAGUCAUUGCAUUGUAAAACUAUAUUAUUCAUUUCAAGAUGCUGAAUACCUUUAUCUUGUGAUGGAAUAUCUACCAGGAGGUGAUAUGAUGACUCUUUUGAUGAGAGAGGAUACACUCUCUGAGGAUGUGGCUAAGUUUUACAUUGCCCAGAGUGUACUUGCCAUAGAGUCGAUUCACAAGCAUAACUAUAUUCACAGGGAUAUCAAACCUGAUAACCUUCUACUGGACAGAAAUGGUCACAUGAAACUCUCGGAUUUUGGUCUCUGUAAGCCCCUUGAUUGUAGAACUCUAUCUACUUUAAAUGAAAAUGAAGCCAUGGGUGAUGAAAACAUUAGAGAUCCAAUGGACAUUGAUGGCAGCUUCCCUGAUGCCGGCAAUCGUAGCUGGAGAAGUCCUCGUGAACAGCUCCAACAUUGGCAGAUGAACAGAAGGAAGCUGGCAUUUUCAACUGUGGGUACACCAGAUUAUAUUGCUCCAGAGGUUCUGCUGAAGAAAGGAUAUGGCAUGGAAUGUGACUGGUGGUCACUUGGUGCAAUUAUGUAUGAAAUGCUCAUUGGUUACCCCCCAUUUUACUCUGAUGACCCCAUAACUACUUGCAGGAAGAUAGUACAUUGGAGAAAUCACCUCAAAUUUCCUGAAGAUGCUAAACUAUCACCUGAAGCAAAGGAUCUGAUAUGCAGAUUGGUAUGUGACGUUGAUCACAGACUUGGAACUGGCGGUGCCAGCCAAAUUAAGGCUCAUCCUUGGUUCAAGGAUAUCAUGUGGGAUAUACUGUAUGAAAUGGAUGCAGCCUUCAAACCAGAAAUCAAUGGGGAACUGGACACUCAAAAUUUUAUCAAGUUUGAUGAAUUGGAUCCUCCGACGCCUGCAAGAACUGGCUCUGGUCCUUCACGCAAGAUGUUAUUGACUCCCAAAGAUUUAAAUUUUGUGGGCUAUACAUACAAAAACUUCGAUGCUGUGAAGGCACUACGCAACUCUCCGGGUGGUUCAAAAGAGGAUCCAGGAACAAACAAAUCAGUAGCAGCGGAAACAGAUGUACACAUGUUCACCUCCACAGGUGACACAAUGUUGCCAUAAACAAACAGUGUGUUCUUCAAAACAUAUAAAUGGGACAUAGCACAUAUCUGCGUAUUUGAUCAGGUUUGCUUGCCCCUUGUCUGUUUUAGAUGGUGGUCCUGUGUUUACCGAACCGUCCCCCUGUGUGACUUGUACAGUGUGCUUGAAAAACUAUGUAAUAGUCGGAUUUAAGGUUUAAGUGGUAGUUGUGCAAUAGAAACAUAGAAUAGGUACAUGUCAUUUGUGUCCAGGCUGCCCAGGCUUGCUAUUAUUCAACUUUGCUUUCUCUCGUGGCAGUUUAUGGUCGGACCCUUUGAUAAACCAGUAAAAUAUUCACUUUCCUCAUUUCUGCUAUGCUGGCAGCUAGCUAGAGGAUCUGUUCUUAUGUGAUAGCAAAUCUCUAGUAUCUGUUGAAAGGCUUUAGUGAUUGCAAGCUUCUUGGUGUUCACAUGUUUUUUUUGUGCGAAAUUGGUAAAGCAUAUUCAUUUGGUCAAGUUAUGAACUGUGUUCUCCAUUGGUCAAUUUUAUUGGUCAAAUUAAGUUUUUAACCUAAGUGUAUACAAUUAUACGAUUAUUCUUUAAUUGCAUUUUGUAUUAACAGAUGCUAACCUAAGU